AUGAAGUACAAGAAUAAAAGUAAAGUUAAACAGCGGCUGCACCUCCUCUCUCUCAAAGUGCACCUCACCAACAUACGAGGAUUGCACUCAAAUCUCGUUGCAGUCCACCAUCACCUGGAGACUGAGAAGCCGCAUUUACUUUUUCUUACAGAGACGCAAAUCGGUAGUCCAGCAGACGUAGCGUACCUGCAGUAUCCUGGCGGUGAUCGGGAGACAACUCGAAUGUUUGACUAUCUCAGUGAGACGGCUGAUGUGGUCCAACGUCGGUAUCCAGCUGCCCAAAUGGUAUUUCUGGGGGAUUUUAACGCUCACCACCAGGACUGGCUAUUCCCAUACCAAAAUACCGACCAUGCCGGGAGAGAGGCGCUCAAAUUUGCCCUGUCGCUAGAUCUCACCCAGCUGGUCCAAGAAGCAACACGAGUACCCGACGUUGACGACCACACACCUAAUUGUUUGGACCUUCUGAUGACAACUGACCCAGACCGGUCCUCGGUAUCAAUUGCGGCUCCCUUAGGCACAUCUAAUCACUGUGUGGUAAAGUCAAUAUCUAACUUUCACCCUCCGGAUGCCAGUCCUACCGGAACCAGACGUGUGUGCCGAUAUAAGUCGGCAGAUUGGGAUGAGAUGCGACACUUUUUCGCAUCGUACCCCUGGCGGAGUACUUGCUUUUCUUCGUGUGAUCCGUCAAGUUGCGAACAAGCAAUAUCGGGAGUGAUACGUCAGGCGAUGGAGUACUUCAUUCCAUUUGCUGACGUAUCGCUUGAUGUCAGGGUCCCUAGGUGGUACAAUGUAGAAUGUGCUGAAGCUGCAGCCCGUAAGGACUCAGCGUUUGCAGCAUGGGCUGAAGCCCCUGCUAAGUCCUACAAAAAGGUUCUCAAAAGGGCUCGUUACGACCGCAUUAAUCGCAUUGGAGCCAAAUUAGCUUCCUAUCCGUGUGGAAGUAAAGCUUUUUGGUCGCUGUCUAAGUCGGUGGAAAUGAAUUUUUGCCGUCCCUCGUUGCCUCCUCUGCUGAAGCCAGAUGGGUCGCUGGCCAUUACUGCGACAGACAAGGCUAACCUUUUAGCAAACCUGUUAGCGGAAAAUUCGCACCUUGAUGCUGGUAGUGCCUCACCUCCUCGACAUCCAGCUUCCAACUUCGCUAUGUCCGAUAUAUGCAUUCACCAAACGGUGGUUUUGAGAGCGCUCCGCAAUUUGGAUACGAAUAAGGCUAGUGGUCCUGACGGGAUACCAGCUAGAGUUCUUAAAACAUGUGCUCCUGAGUUGUCUCCGGUCCUAACGCGCUUGUACCACCUCUCUCUAAAAUCAGCUCAGGUUUCUAAAGCUUGGAAGAUUGCCAAUGUACAACCUGUACCUAAAAAGGGUAGUCGUGCCGACCCGGCUAACUAUAGACCAAUCGCUAUCACCUCCAUACUGUGUAAAAGUUUGGAGCGCAUACUGAACGAUAAGCUCCUUGCAUACCUUGAAUUGAAUGACCUCCUAACGCUCGGCCAGUCUGACACAUCGGUACAAGAAGAAUUUGUUAUUGUAGCUACGUACCGUUCGACUUGGCCAUUCCCCCGGGGAGUACCAGUCGCUACCAUAUGA